CCGUGCUGCUGCUGGUCAGUCUGGACGGAGCUGCAGGAGGAGCGGCAGCAGUACGGAGUUCAGCCCGACUCUCCGCUUCUCUCUGACGGAUCUACUAACCGCCGCUGCCCCGGGGCAUGCUGGGAUUUACCUGCACAUCUACCUGACCGGACCCGGGACCCAUAAACCGGAUUAACUUGACCAGUUUGUCCGCAGGAGGACGGUGAACCACCGGUUGAUACCCGGAGCUGCAGAGCAGAGAGUCCGACUGACUCACUGUGUGACGGGUCUGUUUAACCCGCUUCAUUAACCCGGUUUAUUAACCCGGGUUAACUUUACCGGGUCAGUCUAACAGGUGAGUCCUCUCAGCUGACCCGCUGACCCGCAGCUCUCCGCCCCGCACGAUGCUCCUGAAGCUGCCGCAGAGACCCUGAGGUCACACCGGGAUACCGAGGCGGAGAUGCUGCUGUCCGGCGCCUCCAGCCGGGUCACGGACCGCUGCAGCCGCGACACAGACGGCCGCUGCAGCCGGGACACGGACCGCUGCAGCCGGGACAGAGCGGCUGCUGAAGCGGACGCGGAUGCGGCGGAGCGGCUGCGCACGGUGCGGGAGCGGCUGGACGCCACCGUGUCCGGGCUCGGGGAGCUGGAGUACCUGCGGCAGCGGCAGGAGGUGCUGGUCCGGGCCGCGUUGGAGCUCCGGGAGGAGGCGGUGGAGGCGGAGGAGGAGCGGCGGAGGGAGGCGCAGCUGAGUUCCGAGGAGAAGCUGCUGGAGGAGAACAUCCUGCUGCUCAGGAAACAGCUGAACUGUCUGCGCAGGAGAGACGCCGGCCUCAUCACUCAGUUACAGGAGCUCGACCGACAGAUCAGCGACCUGCGACUGGACACCGAGGCGUCACAUGACCAGCUGGAGACGGACAGCCGACCCAGCUCAGGUUUCUACGAGCUGAGCGACGGAGCAUCCGGCUCUCUCUCCAACUCCUCUAACUCCGUCUUCAGCGAGUGUUUCUGCUCGACGGCUGACGCUGACGGACGCCUCCCGACCUCAGAUGAGCUGGCCAGCUGUUUUGAGUGUGACGGUCUGGUUGGAGGACUUUUUGAUGACUCGUCUUCUACUGGUACCGUCCGGCGCUCCCUCUCGGCUCCUCACCCCCCCACAUUGGACCCAGUCUCCUCAGUGGCCUCAUGUGACACCCAAUCCAAGUACCAUUGUGACCUGUUGGCCCGAAAUGGCAGUGAUGUGUACCGGUACCCAAGCCCGCUGCACGCUGUGGCUGUGCAGAGCUCCAUCUUCCUGCAGAUGUUGGGGAAUGGAGGUCACAGCAGAGACGAAGGGAUUCUGAAAAGCGGGGAGGCUGGUGGCGAAACACUCAAACCUGAAUCCUCCCCACUUCCUGUUCCUGUUUCAGUUCCUCUUGUACCUCAAAGCUCCUCCUGGCCGCCCCCCUCAUCCUCCUCCCAAACCCCUUCCCAAAAGCGUCUGGACAGCUACAUCUAUAGUCUGCUGCAGAGGAGGGCCCAGCCCGUCAGGACCAGCAAACCCAGGACCAGUAUCAGCACAGAUCCGUCAAAGAGCAUCCUGAGGCAGGCCAGCCUCUGUGUGAGGCAGGUGACUGGUCCCAGUUAUGGUUCUGGUUUAGGGACUCUGAGGGGAUCUGAAAUCAAACCCUCCUGGGCAGCAGAAGGUGCUGCCACCUCAUCUCCGCAAAGGCAAUGCUCUGUGGAAAGUAAAAGUGAGGAGCAGGAAACCCAAAAUGGCUUCCAUGGCAGUGGUGUUGACACAGUGCAAAAUGGUUUAAAGAUUAACAGCAGUGACUUUGCACAAAACCAAACAGGCUCUCCUCUAAAUAACAGCAUCCAAACUCUCUGUUCUGUUACCAACAAGGACAUUCAUACAAGCACGAACAGUCUGUUGAAAAAGAAAAGCAAAGGGCUUCUUCCUCCCUCAGGCGUGUCUACAGCAACUCUGCCUAAAGACUUCAGGGAGCUGGGUAGUCCCAAAGCUAACUCCUGCCCCAAAGAAACCAAGCAGCCAUGUUAUCCUUCUGACCAGGACCCUCUCCUCAAAUCACCUCCUAUUGUCAAAACACAAUCGGAUGCUCCCAAGAACAGCCCCAAGCCUCUCCAAACCGGCCAGACAGAGACAGGUGAUAGGUCAGUGUUGGAGCUCGCCAGUCUCGGGUCUUCCUCUCAGAGUCAGGACGAAGGAGGAGGAGGAGGUGGGAGUCACAUGGUUAAUGCCAAGUACAUUCCCGCCCAGCGGCAAAACGUCAAACUUUGCAAGGGUGGCAGCAAGAAUGUCAAGGUUGUCAAGGUGAAGAGUCGGGCCUCUGAACACAAUGAGCUGACUACAGAGAGGCGAGGUGAUAAAUCUCACCACAGGUCCAGUUCAAAAAAGUCCCGGAUAUUGGAAGAUGGAAGCUCCACCCACCUUAAAGUCUACAGGAGAGCAGCUGGCGGUGCGCCAGGAGCGUCCUCCUCAAGAAUAAAACGACUUCCUGCGUCUAUCCCAGAAGGCAGAGUCCUGGACAAACACGCCACAUCGACACUAAGCAGUGUGCGGUCAGGUGUUUCCAGGCAACAUCACCAUGGAAACCACCACCACAACGGUGGCAACCACCAUCAUCAUGGUCAAUCCCAUCAUCACCAUCACCACGGACGCGACCAGGUUGUAGUGGUUGCCAAACCGAAGUACAAGCGAAACGAUUACCGGCGGUUACGUGCGAUCAUGGAGGUCCCUUAUGAUGAGGCGUUCAGGCGUGCCCAGCGGCGGCAGAGAAAGGAGCUGCUGAAUCAUUCUGCAGCCAAUGGGUACCUUCCCUCCGCUGAGCAGCUCAGCAGCCCGUACUCUUACGUGGCAGGAAGUGACUCAGAGUAUUCAGCUGAGUGCGCGUCUCUCUUUCACUCCACCAUUGUGGACACCAGUGAGGACGACAGGUCCAACUACACCACCAACUGCUUCGGAGACAGUGAGUCCAGCGAGGAGGAGUACAUAGAGGAGAGCACCACAACAAGUGAUACUGAGGAGAGUGGAGGAGGUGGAGCUGGAGGUGGGGCAGGUGGGAUGGGCAGAGGGUGGAGCCAGUUAGGGGCAGCUGGGACCAGGGCAGCGAGGCAGGAAAUGACUCCAGCUCAGGCAAAGGCUUUUGUCAAGAUCAAGGCCUCUCACAACCUGAAGAAAAAGAUCCUGAGGUUCAGGUCAGGCUCACUCAAACUCAUGACCACCGUGUGAGUCGAAACUAGCUAGAGCCAUAUCUGUUGGGGUGCCUUACCCAUGCACUUCCAGUGUACCUGAACCAAACCCGACUGUGAACCAAACCUAAUGAACAAAGAGAUGGUACUAUGGUAGGACAGGAUCUGCGUGGUACACUUAUGUGGUGGAAAAACACUUUUCUAGACUUGACAUUUAAACCAACCACAAACUUCUUUACCCGAGUGAUGAACCAAAACCAGUCAUCCAUCUUUGUAAAAGCAUGUGUGACAUUUUUCCAGGCUGAUCCCCAACAAGAAAACAAACAUCGCUAUGGCAUUUUUCUUAAUUUACUGGCUUCUACAUAGGAUGCAUCUUAGUCUUCAGUUGUUAGGUGGAGGGUUCAUUUGGCGCCUUCAAACUCAGCCUUCCAUGUUCUCCAGCGGGGUCCAUCUGAACAACCACUGUUGCGGUAGUCAGUCUUUGUUGCCUUCCCUUCUAGUGUUCCUUAAAACGAUAUUAAAGUACCACUCUAAAAGGGAACAAGCAGGGAUCUUUUUGGUGUACCUUCUUUAUUGUCAGUAACAAUAAUAGCAACAUUUUUCCUCUGAGUUAGAGCACUUGAUUGGCAACCAAAUGUUGUUUUCACAUUGAUCAUGUGAGGUUUUGAUUUUCAACCUGGAAAUUUGAGGUUGCAACUUCAGGACCAAGUGAUUUAACUUGUGAGAAAGCUGCACCACUGAGUUGUUCAUAUGGACUCUGCUGGUAAACACGACUAACAAUACAACACUGGAAGGCACUAUAUAAUUCAUGUGUCCAAAUUUUAAUACCAAGUUCAUUAAGGCAAAUCAAAUCAACAUGGUGGCCCAAACAGUAGAUAAGAAUCACUUAGAGAUGUUUGCACACUUUUUAGAUUUUCUGAAUGUCAUACUGUACUUCAAAAUCAAUGGUUAUGUCUAUGUUGAUCAUAUUAUAUCUCUGUUUCUGGUUCUAACAAGAAUCCCACCUCCAGCGUCCCACACUGAGAAAAAACACACCAUUGGAUGCUUUUUGGAAAUCUACAGUUUGGUUUGGAGUUUGGAUUUAGCCAAUCAAAUUGGCCUCCUUCUCUCCCCUUUCUCUUUCCUGGCCCAACAAGUGCCUCGGCCGACGUAAACUCGGCUGUCCGCAAGACUUUAGAGGAGGAGUCAAGGUCUCAGUGUGCUUCAGACAAAAUAUUGGCACAUUGUGUUGUCUGUCCACAUCUAAAGUCAUAGUGUUUCUACACUAGGCGAGGUAAAAAGCCCUCUGUCAUCCCACUGCCUCCCUGAUGUCUCUCCAACAAGUCUGUGUCUAUUGUGUGGUUUUUAAGCAAGACUAGAUUACCAACCAGGCAAGGUAGACCAAUGCCCUGGGGCCCCAGACCUUCAGGGACCUCACGUCCCGAAGUUGUCUGUGUGACAAUUUGGCAAUUACUUUGUGGCAAUUUGAUUAAUUUGAAAUUUGCUUGGUAAUAUGCACCACUGAAGCACAAUUAAAAUCUUAAACCAGAAGUUCCCUGAAGUGGAUCCUCUCUAACUCUUACCAAUUUUCACAUCGAAGUGGGGACUGCUACUGCAUAUGUGAAAAAAGUACUAUAAAGCCUUUUGUGCCUCAAGUCACUUGAGUCAGUGCUGGGGCUGAAGACUACAAGUUUGAAAAGUAAAAAAAUCUGGGGAUUUGGAGUUAGAGAGAAGUGAGGUUAUAGGACUGCAAUGAUCAAUCUGUGGAGGACUCUUGGUCAAACCUGGUUUUAAUACCUUUAAUGCUUCAGUUGACAUUCGGCUCACGUGUUGCAUAUCCUUAAAAACAAUAAUCUAAUCAAAUUAUCACAAACUAACUGAAGUGUAGAAACAUUGGUUGUUUUCUGGGAGUCUGAGUAAAAUGGGUUGGGGUGACGUGUGUGUGAGGUGAGGCGAUAAUUAAUCCAGCUCUGCUUUGUAGACUUGAUCCCAUGAAUCGUAAAAAUGUGGAUAACAGAGCUCACUUCCAGACAGUCUCUCCUGGAAGACAUUUGUGGUGUUGCACUUGUAAAGAAUAAAAAUAGAAAGCGAGAGAGAGACGGUCAGACCCCGCCUACUUUCAUACCUCUACAACCUGACCAAUCACUUCAUGAAGUGGGCGUGAUUAUCAGAAUUUGGCAUUGGAAAAGGAAGUUGAACGGCACUUUGUUUGAAGCAUACUGAGACCUUGUUGUCUGGUCUCUGGUAGCAGUGGGGCUGCAGUACGUUUUUCAGAGAGUUGUUGGGAAAGUUCUUCAGAUGGUUCCUCAGAAGACAUAAUGUUUCCAGAGGGUUCUUACUAAAAGUUGUCCAGAAGGUUCUUCAGAUGUUGGGUUGAGGGUUCAGGUCGGCUCUCCUUAUUUCCUGCACUUUGAGACAAACUGUCAGUAGACAGGACAAACGGUGUUAAUCUGUUGUUUGUAUGUAGCCUUGUUUUGUAUUUAUUAUCACAUUAACGUUGCCCUUGGCUGUAGCGCACCGACACGGCAGGCCAAACAUCUGUAAAUGCUUCUCUUUUUAUUAGACCGUUAUGAUUUAAGUUGUUUUUUUGAUGAAAGCUAUUUAAGAACCUAAUAUAUUUGCUUGGUACACAUUGGAUACCACACAUGGUACUGAACCACAGCUGAUAUAACAUUUAUACACUGAUGUGUCUUUCUUUUUACUUACACCAGAGUUGCUACGGUAACCUAUUAAUCCAGCAUUUAGAUGUUUAGGUGAAAACCAGGCUAAGUGAUGCUCAUGACAGUUUGUAUCAUCACUGUUGGGUGAAAAUCAGUGGCAGGAUAAUGUGUUUCUCCGUAUGCGGGGACCAUUUUGGAUUUUGCAUCCAGCAGAAAGCUUCCUUGUAAAAGUUUUUAGUAUAAUGGAUGUUUUGGAGCCACAAGGUGAUUUAACAGUUAACAGCACAUCAGUGUCUGUAUUACAACAUGUUUUUUGUUCCUAAUUAAACCUGCUCCUGGUUGAAAUAUAGUCUAGAAUCAUGUAAACUUGAUGUGUCUAAAAAACACAUACUGAACUAAGCCUGGUUUUAGCCGAGAUGUCUUCUCACCUGCAAAUCACCAAAGCCAUGUUCACUGUAAACCAGGAGGGAGGUCAGUUACAAGGUUAAUUUUAUCAGUUGAAGGAAGAGCCCAACAUUUUGUAAAAUUCUCUUGUGCUUAGAUGUUUCAGAUGAAUAUCAGUUUCAUCUCCGUGCAUCCACAGCAGAAAUAGGUCCAGGACGUGUUUAGCCUAGCUUAGCACAAAGACUGUAGGCAGAGGGAAACUGCUUCCCAGUGUAGCUAAACAGCUAGUAUAAUCAAUUAUAUAUUAGGUGUUUUGUCAGGUGUUUAAAGAUACAUGGUUGAUAUUAUGUUGUGGUAGCAUCAGCUACCAUAACCUUAGCUAGCUGCAAACAGCUAGCAUAACUGAUGUUGUGGUAACUGUUUCUAGCUAACAGGUAUCAUACCAAGAUGUGUUUAACAGCAGGAGCUUAGCGCAAAGCAUGGAAACAGGGGGAAACUGCUGGCCAAGCACCAACAGUGAAGAGAGUUUUUAUUGAACAGAUACAGAGCCAGGAGGAUAGAUUGAUAUAGGUAUCAGAUUGGUCCAGAAUGUGUUUAGCUGAAGACUGAAAAAGGAGGAAAGUGCUAGUCAGGGUAGAUAGAAAACGGUAAGCAUAACAAACAUUGUGUUGGGUUUAUGGUAUUUACACACAGUUAGCAUAUCUGAUGUAAUGGUUGCUGUUAUACAAGGAAAUGUUUAGCUUAGCUUAGGUGGAAGCAGGGGUAACUGUUAGCCUAGCUUCAUCAAAAAAAUCUACCUUCAAACAACUCAAAGUCUCUUGGAUUUACAUGUUGUGUGUUGUUUAUUGAACAGUGUUGAAAUAUGCAUUUAAAAUAGAAAUAUUGUUGAGAGACAGUUUCCCCCUGCUUGCAGUCUUUGUGCAAAGCUAGGCUAAACAUGUUCUGGAACUACAGUACUGGACUCACUGAGAUGAAACUGAUGGAACUGUCAACAUUUUCUUUUUAAUUGUACUUUUUAUCCAGACAGAUAGCAGGAUCAUGCUAACACACUGUUGGUGUUUCAUGUCUUAAAAUAAGUUUUCUGUGAGCUCUUUAAAUUCACUGUAUUCAUCUAUUCUGGUCCAGAGUUUACGUGUUCCAGAUAUAAAUAGCUCCUACAGAGCUUUAAAAGCCACAGAGAGCUCAUUUUCAGCUGUCACAUGAUGUCUUUCUGUUCACAGCUACUCUAAGUUUCCAGUGACUUUGAGAUUUGUUCUGCUGUCUGAAACAGUUUAUAUUUAAACGUCAGACUUCAGUGUGAGUGUUUAACAGCCAAAAACCUUCAACCAAAAGUCAAACCUGACUCCUCCUGAAGUUUAACCAACAAGCUGCUUCUCACUGAUCCAGCGGUACUGAUUGAACUCUUGUAAAUGAUCAUAUAUGCAACUGUAAAUGACUGUUACUGAUGUGUGUGUGUAUAUAAUGUCUGUAUGCCAAUACUGGUGCUUAACCUUUUUAUCCUUCAUUAAAUGUGGACUUUAA